UUUAUCAUAAGUUUCUUUCUUCCCCAUUUCCAGCAUACAUAAAUGGCUUUAUACAUAUUAAGAUUUCCUUGCAAGAUUCGGGAGCAGAAGAGUUACGUCGGACUUAGAGCUGCGUCGUGUAAAGUCAGAAUCAUUCCUUUCCGAAGCAAAGACAUUGCUUGUCAACUACAAAGGAUCGAGGCGCCUUCACUUCCAAGUAAUCCAGCUGCACCAUUGAAUGAUCAGCCUCUUCUAAGCCGACGCGCACGUCGUAACCGCAAGUGCCCUACCCAGAGAGAUGCUUUUCGAGAGACUAAUAUCUCUCCGGCAAAUUUAAUAUACCCCCUCUUCAUUCACGAAGUUGAGGUAGACAUUCCGAUAACAACGAUGCCUGGACGUUACAUGCUUGGCUGGAGACACGGCCUCAUCGAAGAAGUUGCAAGGGCACGAGAUGUUGGUGUGAAUAGCAUAAAAUUGUAUCCUAAAGUUCCCGAAGCGUUAAAGUCUCCAACAGGGGAAGAGGCAUAUAACGAUAACGGUCUAGUGCCUCGGACAGUUCGUCUUCUCAAGGACAGAUUCCCUGAUAUUGUUAUCUACACUGAUGUCAAUUUUGAUGAGUACUCAACAACUGGGCAUGGUGGGAUCGUAAGAGAAGAUGGUGUGAUACUGAAUGAUGAAACGAUACACCAAUUGCGGAAACAAGCAGUUUCUCAGGCACGAGCUGGAGCUGAUGUUGUAUGUACGAGUGAGAUGUUGGAUGGUCGUGUAGGCGCGAUUCGUGCAGCUCUAGAUGCUGAGAGCUUUCAACAUGUGUCCAUUAUGUCUUACUCUGUCAAGUACACAAGUUCAUUAUACGGUCGUUUUCGCCAAGUGGAAUUGGACAAGAAAACUUAUCAGAUAAACCCAGCAAAUUCAAGAGAGGCAUUGCUCGAAGCACGAGAAGACGAAGCUGAAGGAGCUGAUAUUCUAAUGGUGAAGCCAGCACUCCCAUCUCUCGAUAUCAUACGCUUAUUGAAGGACCAGACUUUGUUGCCCAUUGGAGCUUGUCAGGUUUCGGGUGAGUACUCCAUGAUCAAAGCUGCUGGACUUCUCAAGAUGAUCGAUGAGGAAAAAGUUAUGAUGGAGUCAUUGAUCUGUAUGCGCCGAGCUGGUGCAGAUGUUAUUCUUACAUACUUUGCUCUUCAAGCUGCUACAAUAUUAUCCAGUGCGAACACAAAAACUAUAUUCAACUAGUACUCCAUUGAGUUUAUUUAAUUUCUGUCUUAUGUAGUAUAAGAUAAAUUGUUUAAAUAAUG